AUGCCGACCGCUUACCUGUCGGUCCUCUGGCCCGGAGCGGAGCACUUCUUAGUGUUGAUGGCAUUCUGUUUCCCACCGUUCUUCAUCCUCGUCGCCACCGUCGUGCUUUUGGCAUCGUUCGGAAAGUCCUUCGGAAUGAGGGAACGUUAUGUCGCCGUGCUUUUGAGGAUAUUUGCAGUGAGUUUUUUAUUUGAUUUUUUUUGGAAUUUAAGGGGAACUAAAUCUUAAUGGUCAUAUUAACAUUAUUUUAUGCUUAGUGGGGUGCCAGCCAACUUCACACUUCCAAACGACAGCUGAAACGAGCAGAGAGUCAAGCGCAAGACCUUUCAAAUCUGGAUUCUGAAACAGAUGAUGAAGAAAAUGUUCUCUCAAACGCCUCGUCAGGAUUCGGAUCCACAGAAACAGAAUUACAGGAGUUAGAUUAUCACCGAUUGAAAAGAGUUGAAGGAUCUACUGCCAGUCUCAAUUCGAAUGCCAGCACUCAUAGCCGAAGAAGUGGAAGGGUCAGACAUGGAUCUGGGCAUAGUAAGUAGUAAUGAUUGGACUUUUAUUGUUUUUAGGCAACAUUAUUCGACGAGAAACUGCUAUCCAUCUAGACGAAGAUGAUUUCAACGACGAUGAUGAACUGAUUGUGCCAAACAAAGGAUGGCAGGUUAUUAAAGACUCAACUUUCUUCAUAAAGGUAUCUAUUUCUCGUUUGUGGAUCAACCCUCGUUGUUUUUAUUACAGGCCGGAGUCGAAGCGAUCAUCGAAGACGAGGUCACCAGUCGAUUCCAAGCUGAACAGCUUGCUUCUUGGAACAUGUUGACAAGAACGAGUGUAUCAUUUUAUCAAUGGGUCAAGUAAGUGCGAAAUGGUUUAACGAAGUUUCUUUUAGCUGGAAGCUAGCAAUUCUCUGGGUUAUCGGUUUCUUUUUCCGCUACUGCUUCCUUCUUCCUCUUCGAUUUACAUUUUUCCUUGUUGGAAUGAUCGUGUUGGUCUGCUCAACAGCUGUUAUUGGAUUAAUUCCAAAUGGGUCCUUGAAGAAGAAGUUAAAUGAAAGGUGUAUGUUGGCGUGCUAUCGGAUUUUGAGUCGGGCGAUCACUGCUUUGGUUUACUUCCAUGAUUCUCACAACAAGGCAAAGAAUGCAGGUAAGCUUUUGGUUUAUUUUUUUGAUUAUAUCUUUAGGUAUCUGUGUUGCCAACCACACCUCUCCCAUCGACGUUCUGAUUCUGAGCACUGACAAUGUCUACGCACUAAUUGGCCAAAAACAUUCAGGUCUCCUUGGAAUCAUCGAACGGGCCCUGUCCCGAGCGUCUUCUCAUAUUUGGUUUGAUCGCGGUGAAUCGAAGGACAGAAGUCUUGUUGCAAAUACUUUAAAAGCCCAUUGUAACGACCCAGACAAACUCCCCGUUCUUAUUUUUCCCGAAGGCACUUGUAUCAACAACACUAGUGUUAUGAUGUUCAAGAAGGGAUCCUUCGAGGUAAGUCUUCUGUUAAUUAUUUGAUUGUUUCGUAGGUUGGCACCACCAUCUAUCCAAUUGCCAUGAAAUACGAUUCGAGAUUCGGAGAUGCCUUCUGGAACUCGAGUGAAGUUAGCUGGUUUGAAUAUAUUAUGCAGAUGAUGACAUCUUGGGCAAUCAUCUGCCAUGUUUGGUAUCUUCCGCCAAUGUCGCGCUUACCCAAUGAAACUGCUGUUGAAUUCGCGAAUAGAGUGAAAAAGGAGAUUGCCAAAAAGGGAGGACUUGUUGAUUUGGAUUGGGAUGGAGGAUUGAAGAGAACUAAAGUGCCUGAGAGAUUGGUGACGAAACAGCAGAAUAAGUACUUCCAAAGAAUGAACAGAUACACUACUUUCUCCGAAUGUGAACCAGCAACUCCAAAGGAAGCAGGUGGUAGGUUGAAGGUCUUUUAUUUUAUUGUUUGUGAUUUUAGAUAAACCCAAACUGAAUAUUCAAUUGGGACAUCCGGAAGAAGAUGGAGAACCUGAAGAAGAAACGAUUCCGCGGAAUUUGAGUAAUGUCGACGAAGAAAGCGAACAUUCUUCCGAGAAGAAUCCAACUGCCGACCUUGAAGAACUUUUUGAAGACGAAACAAAUCUAGACGAUGAUGUUAAACAUGAAGAAGAGUCUCCAGUCAACACCUCAACCAACUCAGAAUCCAGUCAAAAAGAAAACACACUAGUCCAGAAAGAAGCCCCAUUCCCAAAGACCGACGGCGAAGUGAUGGACUUAAAUUCAGAUAAUCGAAUUUCGGGUUAA